UUCCAUAGUGUAAAAAAGAUCACAGUAGGUCGAAUGUUCUACAAAUCAAACAUAUGAUCUGCCAGCAGGUGGCAGCACAUCAAUUCCAGCGCGUGUCGUCAUAAGAAAUGGCCUAUUCGCAGUCCCCUAAGAAGGCUGGUCUACCACGAGAGGUUUUGAAAUGGCUGCAGAGUCUUGAAUUAUCGUUUUUCCCAAAAAACGUGCGCAGAGACCUUUCCAAUGGAUACCUAGUGGCUGAAAUAUUUUCCUGGUACUUCCCAAGGGAUUUUCAUAUGCACUCCUAUGAUAAUGGAGCUUCACUGGCUGCCAAACAAUCCAACUGGUCCCAGAUUGAGAGAUUUUUUGAGAAGCAAAACAUCAGUCUGAUGAAAGAGGUCAUAGAUGGCACAAUCCACUGUAAACCUGGAGCUGCAGAGCUUCUCGUGCAAGAGAUUUACACCUUCCUGACCAACAGAAGGAUCCAGACCAUCCAGAAGGUGGAGCAAGGCUUCACAGAUAAGGCUUAUCAAGACCAGUUGCCUAUGGUGGCUCGAGCCACAGCCUCAGUGGCCAUAAAGAGCAACUUGAGUCUCAGUGAGGUUAUAGCUGAACCAAACAUCAUCUCCAACCAGCGCAAGGUCCUUGCGAUCAUACACAGACACAUAGAACAGAGAAAAGAGGAGAGAACACAAGACCCAAAACGAUUCAAUGUUAAGCCCACUCUUGGAGAACAGGCUGUCAGAUUGCCUCCGCUGUUAGCCUACCAGAGCGAGCCAAACCUGCAGAUGAACACCAGUCAAGCAGCUUGUUAAGUUCUUGGCUCUACCUUGCCAACAAGAAGAUGAGACAUAUGUUCUAUGGCAUCUGGCAUCAGAAGCAAAUUGGAGGCAAAUUAUGAGAAUCUAUGUUUAAGGUAGAUGUCUAACAAAGGUCUUCAAAGCACAUUUCAAAAUGUGGCCCUAGAAAUUUAAGCAGAAGAUUCAUUCGCACAAUAAAUAAAAACCAGUCUAACAAGCAUACACAUCAGUGUGCAGGCUGCUUUUGUUGUCCAUGUUUAAAUAGAACACAGACUAAAAAAUAUAUAAAAAUCCACGUUUAUUAGCUUCUAAAGGCUUGUUGUUCUGAUUGGCAUUGGAUUUGAAUUCUCUACACCAUACAGGUCAACAAAUCUAUUAUAAUGAAAUGCAUAUUUCCAUCUCUUGUGAUAUUCAAGUCACAGAUUUAAAGUGUGAACAAUUAAUAUUUUUCAGAAGA